AGUGCGUCAACGGCUGUUGCCUCACACGUACCGCCCCGACUAUAAUUGUUAGUGGCCCUCAAGGCAUUCCGCGGUACGCUCGCUCUCGGACUAUCAGGAUCCUCCUGAUCUUUAUCGUCUUACAACCGAGUCAACGUUUUUAUCAACUGGACCCACUGUGACUGAGAUCUAGAUUCGCCAUAGUGAUCUGUGUUACUGUGAUGUGAACUGUUCUUGCUAAUUAGUUACCAUGGUUUUGGUUUUUUUGAGUGAGUGAUUCAAUUCUCCGAUCAAAUGCAAAUGAUGUAUUUUGAGAUAAAGCUAAAAAUCCUUGACAUUCGUCACAAGAUCAAGAACAAACUCCUGCGUUGAAUUUGCGAAGGAUCGAAAUUAGGCCGCUGAUAAGUGAAGAGUCGCAAGAACUUAAGCCGUCGGGUCUGGUUUAGAAAGAUGUCGUGGUUCAUUUGGAGAAAGAUGCCGCUCUAACCCGAUGUCCUGAUUGCCUAUGGAUAUAUUCGGCCGUUGUAACGGUCCAGGAAGUGCUGGCACCACAUUGACUGGAGCUGGUAGUGGAGUUGGAACCUCUAUCAGAACUGGGACUGUGGUUCCUGCGAUAGCAACAGCGACAGCAACGGUAGCUGAUUCAUCAGCUAGUGUCAGUGCCAGUGAAUCUGCACAAGGUCCUGGAAGUACCAACAGGAUGCAACUGACCGGGGCAUCGGCUCCUGGAACUGCGGCUUCUCCGGAAUCCGGGGUAUCGCCGCUUGCUGAUGCCUACUCCAAAAUGACGACUGACAUUCUUACGGAACGUACGUUGGGUGACUUUGUCAGCGAGCAUCCUGGUGAACUUGUCAAGACAGGCUCUCCACAUUUAGUUUGCACGGUUCUGCCGGCUCAUUGGCGUUCCAAUAAGACACUUCCGGUGGCAUUUAAAGUUGUGGCAUUAGGAGAAGUUGGUGAUGGCACGCUGGUGACAGUACGGGCGGGCAAUGAUGAAAAUUGUUGCGCGGAGCUCAGGAACUCAACAGCUCUGAUGAAAAACCAAGUGGCCAAGUUCAAUGAUUUGAGGUUCGUCGGCCGUAGCGGAAGGGGGAAAAGUUUUACGCUGACGAUAACCGUAUCGACGUCGCCGCCGCAGGUUGCGACCUACACGAAAGCAAUAAAGGUGACGGUUGAUGGUCCACGUGAGCCCAGAUCCAAGACCAGUGAGUAUCACUUGCUGUCAUUUUUAGGGCAUCAACAGCAAUUUCAUGCAUUUGCAUUUGCAUCACAAAGAGGAACGCCAUUUUUUGCAUCACCGCUGGUUGAUUCACUUCAACCGCUACCGAAUCCACUUCAACCACUACCAAAUCCACUGCAGCCACGUGAUCCACUGUCAUCGUUUCGACAUGCAAUGCCCGGCAAUUGUCAAAACAUGUCGCAAUUCGGAUUGACAACUGGCAACUCAUGGGGCUACGGAAGUACCGCUGGCUAUGCUGGAUACUUACCAGGACCGUUGUCAUCUUGUGCUGCCCAAGCACCUUUUCCGCCACCUCCACCACCGCCUCCAGCCCCGACCACUGCACUGACGACAUUUUCGGGCGCCAGUAUGAGCACUCCGACGGCGCCCGAUUCAACCGCUGGGUCUACUGUUGCUACUAAUAGCUCACGGACACCUCAACAAGAUGCUUUCUCAUCUGUUUCAUCACUUGUUCCAGACACGACGACACCUGGACAAGCAGAUCCCCUUGAUCCUUUGAGCACUCUGAUGUCAGGAUCAACCCAACGUUACCAAGACUACGUCUCCCCACGUUCAUUGUCCACGGACUCCAAUACCACUGACAGUCCAGUCCACGAAGAAGGCUUCGGACAAAAUUAUGGCAAUUACUUUCCGACCCCAGGCGUUUUGCCAAGCAUACUCUACUCACAAAUUUAUGGUAAUCAAUUUCAGAACAAUGACAAUUCCGAACAAACGUCCGUUGCAGAAAGCUGCAAUGUCAGGCAAGAAGAGGUUAGGCCUGAUAAUAAUGUAUGGAGACCUUAUUAAUUGAACUUUAUUAGUAAAAAAAAAUAAUAUAAAUAAUUAAUUGUAAGUAACAAGUGAUUCUAUUGGUUAUUGGUGCUUGUGGAAUAUAAAUUUUAGAAUUAUUUUUUUGUGACUAUUGUCCUCUAAUUAACUCAUUAAGACUAUCGGCGAUUAAAUCUUGGGCAUUACCUUUUUAUUAAUCGAUCUAGUAGGCAUCAAAAAUCACCCACCUAAAAGGCUUUUUAAAUUAAAUUGUAAAUUUUUAAAGUUACCCAGAAAAAAGUCAGACAUGAUCAUUUAUCAAAAUUAGCCUAUGUGAUCAUAUGUAGUUUGGUGACGGAAAAAAUUUAUACUUCAUCAUAUAUGUCCAUAUAUGGACAUAUAUAACUCAGAUAUGGACAUGUAUGGUUUGCAUAGCAGCAGGUUUUCGGUUUAUAUAAUUAUAUAAUAUUUGUGAAAUCAUAUAUAAGUUCAGAUAUGGUCAUAUAUGAUUUAUGCAUAUUCGUAUUCGAACAUAUAUGAUCACAUAUGAUUCAUACACGAUCAUAUAUGAUCACAUAUGAUUAAUGCAAGUACAUAUACGAUCAUAUAUCAUCAUAUAUGAUUCAUACACGAUCAUAUACGAUCACAUAUGAAUAAUGCAUAUUCAUAUACGAUCAUAUAUCAUCAUAUAUGAUUCAUACACGUUCAUAUACGAUCAUAUAUGAUCACAUAUGAUUAAUGCAUGUUCAUGUACGAUCAUAUAUGAUCACAUAUGAUUAAUGCAUGUUCAUAUACGAUCAUAUAUCAUCAUAUAUGAUUCAUACACGUUCAUAUACGAUCAUAUAUGAUCACAUAUGAUUAAUGCAUGUUCAUAUACGAUCAUAUAUCAUCAUAUAUGAUUCAUACACGUUCAUAUACGAUCAUAUAUGAUCACAUAUGAUUAAUGCAUGUUCAUGUACGAUCAUAUAUGAUCACAUAUGAUUAAUGCAUGUUCAUAUACGAUCAUAUAUAAUCACAUAUGAUUCAUGCAUGUUCAUAUACAAUCAUAUAUCAUCAUAUAUGAUUCAUACACGUUCAUAUACGAUCAUAUAUGAUCACAUAUGAUUAAUGCAUGUUCAUGUACGAUCAUAUAUGAUCACAUAUGAUUAAUGCAUGUUCAUAUACGAUCACAUAUCAUCAUAUAUGAUUCAUACACGUUCAUAUACGAUCAUAUAUGACUAUAUCCGGUCAUAUAUGAUCACAUAGAUCAUAUAUGACUAUAUAUGAUCAUAUAUGACUAUAUAUGAUUGUUUGUGAUUAUGUAUGAUUUAUUUCUGGGUAUAUAGACAAAAUAAAAUUUUUUAGUGAUUAUUUUAAUAAAUUGAUUGUGUUGUACUAAAUUAUCAACGAAUAAAUUAGCAAAAAAUUUCAAAAAUUGUGAAUGGAUGCUAAUGUAUAAUGUGAUUAUAUAUGAGAGAAAAAAAUUAAAACCAUGAGAGUGAGACUGAUGUAUUGUAAAUAAAUUGUACAUAUAGUAAGUCCUUAUUAGUUGAGGAUACAUUAUUUAUGUUUCAUAGUAUAUUUUUGUGUUUAUUAAAUGAAAAAUAAAAUAAUAAAGUGAAUUAUUUGGGGCAUGUGCAAUAAACUGUCUUUAAAGAAAAAUACUAAAUUAAUUUAAAAAAUAAACGGCGCUAUUGCAUGGCGAAUUAUUUAUGCAAACCUUUAAAAAUAACUGAUGAAAACUCUCACUCUCAACAUAAAAAUUUCAAGUAAAAGUAUUUAAUUACUUUAUAAAUAUAUUCGAUGAUAACCAGCUUCUGAGUCUACCGAAGUGGAUAUCGCUAAAAUUACGUAAUUUAAAAAUUUAAAAUUAAACAUAUUAUUAAAUCCAGGCAACUUAAUACCACUUAUUUCCCAUAAUACAUAUCCGAAUGUAGUUUUUGACCGAGUCGAAUUACAAACAAUUGUAUUUCAAAAACAAAAAAAAAUGAA